UCUAAAAAUGAGUUGGUUGCCGUUCUAAUUCUCGAAAAGGCGGAAGGCAGAGUUGGAGCGACAGCGGCCGUAUCGGAGGAGAGUCGCCAAAAUCUGUGGUCGGAGGCGCUGCUCGUUGGACCUUUUUAAGCCCCGUCCCUCCCCAACUAUCGUCCGCCCCAUUCGACGGCUACCAGGAAGGAAGAGGAAGGAUUCCACUCGGAUAAAGCUGGUUGAAUUCGAAGCAGGCCAUAACGUUGACGCCUCAUGGCAACAGCCGCAGCAGCAGGCGACGACGACGACUCCUCUUCGCCGUCGUCGAUGUCCCCGAGGAACCGGCUUAAGUUCCUCUGCAGCUACGGCGGCAAGAUCCUCCCCCGCCCCUACGAUGGCCUCCUAAAGUACGUCGGCGGCGACACUCGCGUCCUUGGCGUCCCCCGCUCAAUCUCCUUCUCAGGUCUGCACUCUCCACCACCUCAUGCACUAAUGCCAUCUUUCGUGGACGUCAAUGUCGUGCAUGCAUGGGUGGCAGAGCUCAAGGAGCGGAUCCAGGGGAUGUUCCGCCGCUGCGAGCUGAUCAAGUACCAGCUGGUGUCCGAAGACCUCGACACCCUCGUCACCGUCACCUGCGACCAGGAACUCGUCCACAUGCUCGAGGAGUACGACCGGCUCGACGCCCUCCACCCCUGCUCCCCCUCCUUCGCCUCCUCCCCCCGCUUCCGCCUCUUCCUCUUCGCCUCCCCCUCUGCCACCUCGGCCUCUGGCUGCCACCGCCCCGCCGCCACCCUCGACCAGCGCUACGUUGACGCCAUCAACACCGCCGCACCCACCAGCCCUCGGCGCCCCAUGUUCACCGUCUCGUCCGCUUCCUCCGCCUUCACCUCCCCCACCUCCACCAUCGAUGGCCCCGCCGCCCUCCUCGCCCUCCGUCCCAACGCCCCUCUCGGCGGCAGCAUGCAACGGGUCCAGAGCACGCCCAACCUGAGCGGCGGUGGGAUGCAUCGGGUAAGCAGCACGCCUAAUCUGGGCCAGAACAGCGGUACGGGCCCGCAACAUCACCACAACCACCACCAUCACCACCCCCACCACCUUCACCGGCAAUAUACCUCGGCGGCAGCGGCGUACGGGGCGCAAGCGGCCGGCAUGGGCGGGGUCUGGAGGAACAGUGGUGCCCGGCGCCACGAGGCGGGCGGGUUCGGGAGCAUAUCCUGGGUUCCGCCGGCGGCACCGAGGGGCGGAGUCCCCUACGGCGGCGGAAGCGUGUGCUUCGGGCACGCCGACGAGGCGCCCUCCGGCCGCCAAUCGAGGAGCGGCUCACCAUUCCGCGCCCCGCCUCGUGAGCCCAUCAUUUGGGAGUAGCUCCCAGCCAAGGGCUCCACGAUGCGGGCGCGCGAUCUCUACCGUCCAUCGUGUUAUUCUUUUUUCGUUUCCUGUUUCGUAACGUUGAAACUGUUUUAGAGAUACAUUUGUUUUUUGGGGGGAUCUCCGUGCUUCGGGCAUGAGAUCUGUACCGUCCAUCGUGAUGUGUGUUUUUGUUUUCUG